AUGACAAGGGCUUGCAGGUUCCCCCUCUGGGUGCUAGCUGGAGGAGUGCUGGGAGUCACCAGACCUGCAGCCCUGGCAUGGCUCAAGGGAGAUCUCAUCACAGCGAGUCUGGCAUUGACGAUGCUCUUCAUGGGGAUGACUCUCGAUGUGAAGGACUUCCAGCGGGUCAUGCAGAGCCCGAGGCAAGUGUUCCUCGGCUUCAUGUGCCAGUUCACCAUCAUGCCCUUCCUGGGCUGGUCCAUGGCGAAGCUCUUCGGCCUGUCGCCUGCCUUCGCCGUGGGGCUCAUCCUGGUCUCGGCAUGUCCGGGAGGCACAGCGAGCAACCUGGUCACUCUCAUCGCCAAGGCAGAUGUCGCUCUUUCAGUGCUCAUGACGACUGUCUCCACCAUGGCGGCUCCCAUCAUGACGCCUCUCCUCACCUCCAUCCUCGCUGGCUCCUUGGUGCCCGUCGAUGCCUCAGGCUUGCUCAUCUCUACCCUUCAGGUCGUCUUAGCUCCUGUUGGGCUCGGGCUUGCCAUCAACACCUUCGCUCCAGCAGUUUGCAAGAUGGUGUCGGGAGUGACCCCCCUGCUCUGCGUCGUGCUGGUCUCUCUCAUAUGUGGCAGCGUGAUAGCUCAGACAGCGUCCUCCUUCAUCGCAGCCGGUCUCCCUCUUCUCGGAGCUGUCAUCGGCCUCCACCUCGGAGGGUUCCUUCUUGGAUAUUUUGUUCCGAGAAUCCUCGGCUAUCCCGAACCCAUUUCAAGAACAGUUUCCAUUGAGACGGGAAUGCAGAACAGCGCGUUGGGAGUGGUGCUGGCAACUCGCAACUUUGCGGAUCCUCUGACGGCCCUCCCAUGUGCCAUCUCAGCUACUUGCCACUCUGUCCUCGGCUCCUCGUUCGCGGCGUACUGGAGGCUGGGAGGAAGAAAGAAGGAGGAGCCAAAAGAUCCUUCAAGAGGGAACGUCAUCGGCGGCUUCGUCAACGGCCUCGUCAACGGGAUCCAAGGGACGGCCAGAGAGCUGCAGGUCCAGCUCAGACUUUUCCGAUCUGUUUCCUGA